CUCAAGGCCCGAGACCGGUCGCCGUGGGACACGUACGAAAAGGAAUUUACCUGCGAUCUUGCCGGAGAGGCGGCGAUUGUGUUUCAUCGUUCAGAGCCUUCUGGGACCUUGGCAUUAAGGCAGUAUCCUGGGGAUAUAGGAACCAAAAUGUUGCAUUUUUUCAGUCAGCUCCAGCACGAGAACAUCCUGUCUGCAGAGGAGUGCUUCAAUACAGAGGGUUCGGUCUACGCCUUGUGUGAAGAUCUUCCCAUCACGUUGGAGGACGUCGUUGCUUGCGAUGCCUUCUUGAACGAAGCUCGACUAGCUGCAAUACUCAAACAAGUGCUCGAUGGUGUAUCAUACCUAAUGACAGAGGGUUUUGAACACGGAUCCCUCAAGUGCUCCAAUAUACUCAUGGGUCUUGACGGCACAGUGAAAAUAGGAUGCCUCGAGGCCAUACACAGGCGCAAUGACAGCCAGGUCCAGACUUUGGAAGCUUUGAGAGCCAUGACCGUGGAGCUGAUGGAGAAGCGGCCUGUCCAUGACAGCGUCACGGGUGUGAAUGACCUGACACGAUGGCCUUUGGGGUCGGAUGCUGUAGAAUUCCUGGCCGCCACGACUUCCGCGGACUCCAUCGAUCACCUGAGGGAGAAACCACUCAUUGUCAAACACCGUGAUUCCAAAGGCACAUUAAUGGGCUUGGCUCGAUUGGCCAUUGCUACUACAACAACUUAUUACUCAUAUCCGUAG